GCGCUGCCGCGCGAGAUCAGCGAGAGAGCGCGAGAAUCGCGAGAUGCGUUGCACGCUAUAUAUGUAUGUCACCGAGGUGGUGUGCUCGUCGCUCGGAUAUCCGUAUACGCGAGCUGGCCUUUAAAUAUUGCUAGAGCGCCGCCGACGUUUCGGGAUGACACGCGAGUGAGCGGAACCGGCGGCCCGAUCGGUGUGUUGCGUUGUGAACGCUCGUACGGCAGCUAGAAUGCGCGGUCACCCUUGCCGCGGUACGACGUACGUGUCGCAAGUGAGUCGAGCUCGCGAUGGACGCGGCCAUGUUUCCUGCUAGCAGAAAUCCUGUCCAUUAGUGACUCGCGCUGAUCGUGUGCCACCGGAAGAGCGGAGCGUGCAGAAUGCCGAAAUGCGAUGUGAAGACGAGGUAUCUACCAGCUACGUUCGCGUGGAUGGUUCUACUCGUCACCACGGCGCUCUUCUUCAUCUUCCCGUGCUCGAACUACUAUGUCUAUCAAUGGGGCUUGUGGGUGCCAGCCCUGCAAGGAGUCAUCACCUUCUUCGUGGUGAUAAACUUCUCGCUGGCGACGUUUAUGGACCCUGGUGUUAUACCAAAAGCACCUCCUGACGAAGACCGAGAGGAUGACUUCCGAGCUCCGUUGUACAAGAGCGUGGAGAUCAAUGGCAUUACUGUGCGCAUGAAAUGGUGCGUCACCUGUAAGUUUUAUCGACCUCCACGUUGCUCACAUUGCAGUGUCUGCAAUCAUUGUAUCGAGACGUUCGACCAUCACUGCCCAUGGGUAAACAACUGCAUUGGUAGAAGGAACUACAGAUACUUCUUCUUUUUUCUUUUGUCACUCAGUAUACAUAUGAUCAGUAUAUUUGGGCUCUGUCUAUAUUACUUACUGCAGCAUAAGGAACAGCUGAGCGAAGUUAAUACUAUUGUUGCACUCGUACUCAUGGGAGUGGUAAUGCUCCUAUUCAUUCCAAUUAUUGGACUGACUGGCUUUCACGUGGUCCUCGUUUCCAGAGGACGUACUACGAACGAACAGGUAACAGGCAAAUUUAAUGGAGGCUACAAUCCUUUUUCUCGUGGAUGUCUGCGCAACUGCUGUUAUACACAAUUUGGACCACAAUACCCAAGGUAUUGCAAGGAGCCAAGCUUACUUAAGCCUGAUAAGUAUUCAGGGAAGCGACGUGGAGCGUGUGCGUCUGAGAUAUCUACUAUAGGCAGUGAGAACCAGGUAAAGACCUACAUGGAUAGCAGCAAUGGUGUUAGAAAUGCCAGUUCAAAUGCUUACAAUAAGUUAUCUCCUGGACGAGACGGAUCGGAUACAGAUAUGGAACCGACGGCGUCUCAGUCCGCGGACUGCGAACCUACGCCACCGUUGCAGAGACACGGUUCCAAAAGCAACUUCUUCCUGCCACCUGUGGAGAACAACGAAUCUCCCAGGCAUCCUCCGCCGUUGCAGCAUCGCCAUCCAAUACAUUAUCCUAAAGGCAGUCCACAUCCAAGGCCAAGAGGGAUGAAUGGAUCUCGAAGUCAUACACCCGAUCCGUUGUCACCGGAAACGAGUGGUUCGCCUGCCACGGUCCCUCAACGUCAGGGCGGCGCCAGUCCGACGAUGCAACAACGUAUCAAAGCUAUUGGAGUACCUACUCCACUUGCCAUAUCCAGUCCUAUACGAAGAUCAAACCCAGGUACACCGACGCAGGUUCGUCGGCCGGAUUUCAUAGGCGUGAUCGAAACGCCGACGUAUUACGAUGUACAGCAGGGAAACAAUAUGGGAGUCGGCGUUCCCGGUUCCGUCAUUACUGGCUACAGCCCGCAGCGACGUUUCCUGUCGGAGAGCGAGCUUGUGCGACAGGGCACCGAUCAUCCGUACUCGAGAACCAACAACACGGUAGAUAACAUACGCGAACUGGCAGGUUCGCCGCAGCGCGGUGUUUACAUGUGGAAAGACAAUUCUCCUGGCAGCUAUCCAGGUCCACCUCCUGGAGGAGCGGUGAGCGGCGUGCCGCAUCAGUCGCCCUCUCAUCGACCCCCGCCGUACGACUAUUACCGCUCCAAUCCCACGAGUCCGACUCAGCAGUCGCAGUACGCGACAAAUGCUCCCAAGGCAGCGUAUCAUCCAGCCCUGAGAGGUGGAGUGCCAGUCUUCCCGCCGCAUCAACCGCACCAGUCGCCGCAAGUUAAGCGAAAAGCGACUACGAUGGCAACACCCACCACACCGACUUCAGGAGAUGCACGGCGUCGACCGAUGUCCUUCGUCAGAGCCUUGGAGAUGACCGACUCCAUGGAAAUGGUUUCGGCGCCCAACGACUCGAGAUCACAGAGACCAACUACACCCACACCGGACCGCGCGAGCGUGUACGAUAUGAACUAUGAAAUAUCCGUAUAGCCCACCUUUCCGAUCUCCGCACCAUCCUGCGGCUGGACGGAGAUUUUACGAAAGCCGCCGAGUCUACAUGUCUUACGCUCCACUGAGGAAAGGAUAUAUGCCGUUUAUGAGAUAUCCGUCUGAAUUCUUUCGUGAUGUAAUUACGCGCGUUUAACAUUGCACGUGAGCGGUAAACGCAAAUCGCGACUGGUUCUUCAGUUUAUCGCCAUGGGAUUAUUCUUACGAAUAUGAGCAUUGGACUUGCCACAGCAUUCAGGAUACACGCGAUGUGCACAUCUGAUAAAUUGCCAUCAGUGAUAUAUAUUGUAUAUGCGUGUGUGUGUAUAUGUGUGUAUGUGUGUGUGCGUGUGUGGGUAGGUGUUUUCGCGCGCGCGAAUCGUGUCGCGAUUGACAGUACACAGCAUUCAUUCUCGGCGAGAAAGUCGGUCCGUCGACGCAUUUAAUUCGUUAGGAAUUUAUAUGAAGCAGUAAAUGUACGACGAAUCUUUAUUUCUCCAAUUCUUCCUUCGGCACUGGAAUCUUAUGGUACGACAGUAGAAAACCUGCAUUUUACGCAAGUUGAACCAACGACAUGCAAGUGUCUUGUCGCAUUAAUAAUAUCAUUGAUUUAAUCGUUAAUGAAAAAAUAGAUUCCAUAUGCGUAGCAGCGAAGUAUGUUCGUUAUGUUAAGAGUAACAGCGUUCGGCCCGACUGACGAUCCGAAUUAAUGAGUCACGGAAGUGUCAACGAAAGUAUAUCCCGAGCGCACAGAAAUUGACCUUUAUUGGAACCAUCACCGAUAUUCGGUCCUCUCGCUUGACAGAAGUAAUUAUAUUUUUUAGUACACAUUUAAGGUCAGUUUAGAUUUUUAUACAAUGACACCGUGACUCAUCCUCCUAUAGAAUACAAUGUUAAUCCAAUGUCAUCCUUUUCUUUCUCUUUUUUUCUUGUUCAUAUCUCCAUUGCCGAUAAGGUACAUGAUUUGAUAAACGAAAGAAGCACUAGGGAUCACUUUAUAAUUAUCCUUAUUAACUCUUCAAACACCAGAGGAGUCCAUUGAAAAUGGAAAAAAAGGGAGUUACUUAACCAACUUAAGUCAUUAUCGGGAAUAGAAUAACAAAUCUGUGUAAAAUAAUCGUGGAAUAUGUAGCAAAUUUUUAAUAUACAUAUUUAACAAUAUUUAUACGUAAAUGAUAAAAAAAUAUAAGACUUUAUAAUUUGACUUGUUUGUUAUAAAUGAUGAUUUUAUCGAUGUGCCCACUAACAUAUUUUAUUUCUAUAUAAAGGGUUUGCAGAAGAGAAUGUGAGAAAAAGAAAAAGGUACGAGUGUAUAAAAAAUAAUUAAUGUGUGAAUAAGAGGAAUGCAUUUUUAGAAGAGUGAAAAGUACAGUUCUAGUUUUCUUAAAUGUAUACAGGGGUGGUUGUUCAUAAUAUAUGCGCGAACGUAAAAUAAAAACUAUUUUGAUUUUGUUAAAAAAAAAACAGAGAAAUAAUUGUAAUAUACACAUUACACAUAAAUCCAUUUGCUGCAUCCAUCGCCGUUAUUAAAUUUGUGAUAUACAUCCCGCUUUUGAAAUUGCAUGAUGGUUUCUCUAUCGUGUAUGUGUAUAGAAGCCAAUAAUUAUCGGCUAUAAUUACAUUGCUACAGAUUGCAACGCAAUAUUAAUUUUGUGUAUACGCCCGAUUCACGAUGGAUGGACGCGGAAUAUCGACUUAGUGUUAUACGACACAUAUCAUUUUAACGUCAGACAUCGAAUAUUUUUUAGAUUGGAACAAAACAUUGCAUUUGGUAUAACGACUUCUUGAUUAUACGAUGUUAUAACGAGGAUUAUAAGCAUUUCUUCCGUAUCUCUUGAUAAGUUACAUUUAGGAUUUGUUUAACACAGACUCGUUUUGUUUUUAUUAAGAUAACAAACUGUGCCAAAAAUUCCCCAUACUCUUCAAUCAUGUAGUCUUGCUUUAAAUAGCAUUUAAUGAGACAACGGUACAACGUUACGAAUUGACUAAGGUAAUAAUAUGUAAGGUAUGGCGAGUAUUAAGUGUUUAUAAUUCGGUGUACUUGUACAUAAAUAUUGCUCGUUACUUCUAACACUUAAAUGUACAUACAUAUAUCAUUCGGUACUUACGUAUCGCCACAGCAAUGACUACAGAAUAAAAAUCAUGGAACAUAGUAAA